GCUCCUGAAAGAGUCGUAACGUAAACAGCGACAAACCGGCAAAGUGUGGAUUCUCUGCUCCACAGUCACACAGCGGAGGUUCCCCGGUUCUCUGGCCGCUCCGUUAGCCGUUAACUGACCGGUGGACGGAUCGUUAGCCGUUAAUUGACCGGUGGACGGAUCGUUAGCCGUUAACUGACCGGUGGACGGACCGUUAGCCGUUAACUGACCGGUGGACGGACCGUUAGCCGUUAACUGACCGGUGGACGGACCGUUAGCCGUUAACUGACCGGUGGACGGACCGUUAGCCGUUAACUGACCGAUGGACGGAUCGUUAGCCGUUAACUGACCGGUGGACGGAUCGUUAGCCGUUAACUGACCGAUGGACGGACCGUUAGCCGUUAACUGACCGGUGGACGGAUCGUUAGCCGUUAACUGACCGGUGGACGGAUCGUUAGCCGUUAACUGACCGAUGGACGGACCGCCGCCGCUGCCCCCGGAGCUCUGGGUGUGCGUGUUCAGCUACCUGAGCACGGAGGAGAAGCACACCGUGCGCACCUGCUGCCGACACCUGAAGAAGCUGGUGGACCACCCGUCGCUGUGGCGGGGCCACACUGUCGUCCUGUCCGACCUCCGCCGCUACACCUACGGCUUCUGGGACACGCUGCUCCGCCGGAAGCUGACCCGGGUGGCGGUGCGGCACCUGCGGCGGAAGGAGUGGCGGCGCCUCGUCAAGUUCCUGCCGACGCUCACCGCCGUGGUGUUCGUGGACGGAGGAAGGCUGUACAAGGAGAAGUACCUGGACCACCUGGCCCGCUUCCCGGAGAUCCGGGACGUGGGGGUGAGGAACGCCACCUGGGACGAGCCUAUCCUCGGCCAGAGCGUCACCGCUCAGCUGCGGGAGCGGCUGACUCACCUGAGCGUGUGCAACGUCCGGCUGCCGUGCACGGUGCAGUUCAUCAACGCGGUGUCUCACCUGGGCAACCUGCGGUACCUGCUGUUCCACCAGCAGGGGGAGGGCUACGGCCUGGACACGGUGCGACCGGUGCCCCGCGGAGUCUUCCACAACCUGCUGCUGCACCUGAACAAGCUGCAACACCUGUCCUGGGGCAUGAGGGGGGAGCCAUCAGAGCCGCUGCCCGACGACUACCUCAGCCCUUCGGACCCGCAGCAGCCAGUAGGACCGGACUGGUACGGCGGCCCGGCCCUGACCAGUCUGGAGCUGGUGGAUUACCCAGAAACCAUCCUGCCAGAGAAUGCUCUGAGGAGUCUGACGUCGCUGCGCUCGCUGACGGUCCGGUACAGGUACAUCAGAGAAGGCAUCACCUGUCGCCUUCGGUCGUGGCUGAGUCCUCUGAAGCAGCUGGAGAUGCUCACCAUCAUCGGUGGAAACUCUCUGGCGACCUACACCACCACCAUCCCAUCCAGCGUGACCAGGCUGACGCUGCGAGUCGCCAUAACGCUCAAGGACAUGGACUCCAUCGCACCCAAAGUCCCAGGACUGGAGCACCUGGACAUUGAACAGAACCGGUCCAGCGGCAGCCUCUGCAGACGGAUCCCCAUGCUGUUCCCAGAACUCAGGACUCUACGGAUACGAUUUUUCCGCCGGGAACCAGAGAAGGACCUGCUGAGCCUCCACCGACUGCGACACCUGGUGCAGCUGGAGCUGCUGGUGGAGCGAUCUUUCAUCCUCAGAGACUACCUCAACGGUCACCCGUGGCCCAGUCCCUGCGUCCGGGAGCUGAUUGACGAGCUUCGACAGCUUUCCGAGAACAGGAUCACCGUCAUCACCGCCAUGCGACAGAGAAACCCUCUGAAAGAAUGCGACUGUGUCUGGGAAGGAGACUGAGGUGGCCGACAGCAGCUGGGAAAACAAGUCUGCUUCUAGGAGCACGAAGAAGACGGGUCCUUGACUCGGGAACAGAAGCCACGAGACACCAAGACGAGAAGAAUCAGAGAAACUGUUGGUCCCUGCAGGGACUGGAAGGUUAGAAGGAAGGAGGUGUUGGAUGGCGUGCUGGGAAGAAGAGCCUGAAGGUCCAGCAGUGGUUCAGUUGUUCAGAAGAGCCUGAAGGUCCAGCAGUGGUUCAGAUGUUCAGAAGAAGAGCCUGAAGGUCCAGCAGUGGUUCAGAUGUUCAGAAGAAGAGCCUGAAGGUCCAGCAGUGGUUCAGUUGUUCAGAAGAAGAGCCUGAAGGUCCAGCAGUGGUUCAGUUGUUCAGAAGAAGAGCCUGAAGGUCCAGCAGUGGUUCAGAUGUUCAGAAGAAGAGCCUGAAGGUCCAGCAGUGGUUCAGUUGUUCAGAAGAGCCUGAAGGUCCAGCAGUGGUUCAGUUGUUCAGAAGAAGAGCCUGAAGGUCCAGCAGUGGUUCAGAUGUUCAGAAGAGCCUGAAGGUCCAGCAGUGGUUCAGAUGUUCAGAAGAAGAGCCUGAAGGUCCAGCAGUGGUUCAGAUGUUCAGAAGAAGAGCCUGAAGGUCCAGCAGUGGUUCAGAUGUUCAGAAGAAGAGCCUGAAGGUCCAGCAGUGGUUCAGAUGUUCAGAAGAAGAGCCUGAAGGUCCAGCAGUGGUUCAGAUGUUCAGAAGAAGAGCCUGAAGGUCCAGCAGUGGUUCAGAUGUUCAGAAGAAGAGCCUGAAGGUCCAGCAGUGGUUCAGAUGUUCAGAAGAAGAGCCUGAAGGUCCAGCAGUGGUUCAGAUGUUCAGAAGAAGAGCCUGAAGGUCCAGCAGUGGUUCAGAUGUUCAGAAGAAGAGCCUGAAGGUCCAGCAGUGGUUCAGUUGUUCAGAAGAAGAGCCUGAAGGUCCAGCAGUGGUUCAGAUGUUCAGAAGAAGAGCCUGAAGGUCCAGCAGUGGUUCAGAUGUUCAGAAGAAGAGCCUGAAGGUCCAGCAGUGGUUCAGAUGUUCAGAAGAAGAGCCUGAAGGUCCAGCAGUGGUUCAGAUGUUCAGAAGAAGAGCCUGAAGGUCCAGCAGUGGUUCAGAUGUUCAGAAGAAGAGCCUGAAGGUCCAGCAGUGGUUCAGAUGUUCAGAAGAAGAGCCUGAAGGUCCAGCAGUGGUUCAGAUGUUCAGAAGAAGAGCCUGAAGGUCCAGCAGUGGUUCAGAUGUUCAGAAGAGCCUGAAGGUCCAGCAGUGGUUCAGAUGUUCAGAAGAAGAGCCUGAAGGUCCAGCAGUGGUUCAGAUGUUCAGAAGAAGAGCCUGAAGGUCCAGCAGUGGUUCAGAUGUUCAGAAGAAGAGCCUGAAGGUCCAGCAGUGGUUCAGAUGUUCAGAAGAAGAGCCUGAAGGUCCAGCAGUGGUUCAGAUGUUCAGAAGAGCCUGAAGGUCCAGCAGUGGUUCAGAUGUUCAGAAGAAGAGCCUGAAGGUCCAGCAGUGGUUCAGAUGUUCAGAAGAAGAGCCUGAAGGUCCAGCAGUGGUUCAGAUGUUCAGAAGAAGAGCCUGAAGGUCCAGCAGUGGUUCAGAUGUUCAGAAGAGCCUGAAGGUCCAGCAGUGGUUCAGAUGUUCAGAAGAGCCUGAAGGUCCAGCAGUGGUUCAGAUGUUCAGAAGAGCCUGAAGGUCCAGCAGUGGUUCAGAUGUUCGCUCAGCUGGCUCUAAGUGGGUAAAAUAUUCAAACAAAUCCUUCACUGAAUAUUUUCUUCACCAGUGGAACAGCAUGAAUGAAAACAUGUCAGAGCUGAUUGACUUCCUGUUGGGUCACAGAUCCAGUUAAUGUCUUGUUAGGACGAGUUUAUGUUUAAAUUUAAUUCUCUUAAACCCUUUAUAUGAAUAAACUAUAAAGUGUGAUGAAGAAGAAACCAAACUGUGUAAAACAGGCUCAGUGUUGGACUGAGAAGGUCGCUGAUGUAGAACGUUUCUCCUGAUAAAUGAACACCAGAGACUGAUGAGAGCAGCCAGAGCUGGUUUAUGAGCUUCCAGUAGUCGAAUCAUCUGAUGAAAUCACUGUUCAGGUGGUUUGUUUCUGCCAUAUUUAUGUUCAGUCUGACUGCAGCUACAAACACAGAAGCUGUAGAAACUCUGCAGUCAUGAAAAAAGAAACUUUAAAAUUGUUGAUUUUAUCAUUUUAAAGGUUACCAUUUAUUAAAAACUGUUAAAAGUCAUGAAGUGAAACUUCAA